UCGCUUUCCGUCGGCGCAGAGUCUUGAUGACAGCUUCUACUUUGAGACCUUCGUUACCACUCCCUUGGUCGGUUUGCCACCACAGUUGAAGCUAUGUUAUCGCAUUCCCGAUGUCUUUCCCGGACACUUGGGCGUUCUCUGUCUGCGUUAAGUCAGGGGAAGUAUGUGCUGGCUGGAAGGACUGCUUCAGGCCUAUCCGCUGGCAACAGGGUUGUCUACAGGAACAGUCAGUCUAGAUUUGAAUCUCUGUCAUCAGUUGGUGUCUUCCACGUCAGAUACUUCAAGACGUCUGCAGCACACAGGGAUGAAGUUGUCACCGUCAACACCCCUCCGUUCUCUGAGUCGAUCACAGAAGGGGACGUCAGGUGGGAGAAAGCUGUUGGAGAUUCAGUGAAAGAGGAUGAGGUGGUGUGUGAGAUCGAGACUGACAAGACCUCGUUGCAGGUGCCGUCUCCGGCGGCCGGUGUGAUCACGGAGCUGCUUGUGCCAGACGGAGGGAGGGUGGAGGCCGGGAAUCCCCUCUUCAAACUUCAAAAAGGAGCUGCAGCAGCCGCUUCUGUCCCGGCGGCGGAGGCCCCUGCAGCAGCCGCUGCUCCAACCCCGGCUGCCAUCCCCGUCGCCAUGCCCGCGGUGCCUCCCGUGCCAACACAAGCAGCCCAAGCCAAACCUGUUUCUGCAGUCAAGCCCAGUGCAGCACGAGCAGAACCAGCAGCAGUAGCCCAUGGGGCCAGGACAGAGAGCAGGGUCAAGAUGAAUCGUAUGAGGCUGAGGAUCGCUCAGAGGCUAAAAGAGGCUCAGCAGACCUGUGCCAUGCUCACCACCUUCAACGAGAUAGACAUGAGACUAGCCCCACCCCCGCAACUACCCUCACCGCAGACUAACCCCUACCCCCGCAGACUAAAAGACCCUAAUAACCACCCCCACGAAGCUAAGAGCAGCACGCGCUCACCGCCCCCUUGUCUCUUCCCGUCCCCAGUGAUUGAUGAUACAACCAAAGAGAUCGUUUACAGGGAUUAUGUUGACAUCAGUGUGGCUGUGGCCACUCCCAAGGGACUGGUUGUACCGGUUAUUCGCAACGUAGAGACCAUGAACUUUGCUGACAUUGAGAAAACCAUCAACGGUCUGGGAGAGAAGGCUCGUAACAAUUUGCUGGCUGUGGAGGACAUGGACGGAGGUACCUUCACCAUCAGUAACGGGGGAGUGUUCGGUUCCAUGUUCGGCACGCCCAUCAUCAACCCACCCCAGUCUGCCAUCCUGGGCAUGCACGGCAUCUUCGACAGGCCUGUGGCCAUCGGCGGCAAGGUGGAGAUCCGGCCCAUGAUGUACGUGGCUCUGACAUACGACCAUCGGCUGGUCGACGGCAGAGAGGCCGUCACCUUCCUGCGUAAGAUCAAGUCAGUGGUGGAAGACCCCCGCGUUCUUCUGCUCGACAUGUGAUCCCAACGUCCCAUCACUACAGCAGGGCCACGUUCAGUACACAGCGUUGUUGCCUGACAUUACAGAGGGGUAUGCUAUAACGCAGAAUCAGAGUUAGCCAGCUAACUUUGAUCAACAAGCAGAAAUAACUGGUUSUUGAUCUGGUUACAUUUAAGAAAGCUCAACUUAGAUUUGCCUUUUUUUGGUUGUUCGGUCAAUUUUGACCAUMCUCAUUUCAAGGUUAUCUUUCCCCCCAAAAAUCUAAAAAGUUAUUUCAGAAUAUUUAGGCAACUUCGCUGGCUCUGCUUUGUAGUAUACCCCUCAGAUAGCAGUGUUGUGAAUAGAGAGGACUUGAUUCCUUCUUAUACCCUUCGAGAGGGAUGUUUCAACAUAAUGCUCCAAAACGUUGUGCCCUGCUGAACGCACCCCAAAGCUAUUUAACUCAGCCUCUGUAUAAAACCAACCCACCCCCCCCCAAAAAAAAAAAACACAAGCGACAGCCAAAUCUUAUGUACUGUUUUUGGUUAAAGAGAGAGAGCCUGAGUCCCUGAUCUGGUUGUGGUGUUUUGUCAAGAAACGACAAAACGGAUAUAUGGGAAUCACGCAAAUAGAGAAUUUAAUGUUGAGAUUAUUCACCUUAUUAUUGGGUGGGUAUCAUUCUGCAGCUUUUGCUCAGAUUGACAUGUCAGAUUGAUUCAACAGUUGGUCAACAUCAUAGUGUUACCACUGACUCUCUGAUGAACCUACCAGGUCUGAUCCGUCUCAAUAUUAGACUGACUCUGAUGAACCUACCAGGUCUGAUCUGUCUCAAUAUUAGACUGACUCUGAUGAACCUACCAGGUCUGAUCUGUCUCAAUAUUAGACUGACUCUGAUGAACCUACCAGGUCUGAUCCGUCUCAAUAUUAGACUGACUCUGAUGAACCUACCAGGUCUGAUCCGUCUCAAUAUUAGACUGACUCUCUGAUGAACCUACCAGGUCUGAUCCGUCUCAAUAUUAGACGUGUACAUUCAAAGCACUUACAUUGCUGUCAAGAAGGAACCUGGAAGUCGGCAUUUCAUUGGACAGUGUACUGUACCACGUGUAUCCAGUACAAACGACUAAUAGAAGUGAACUUGGAAAAGAAACGGACACAUUUAUUUUUCUUCAAAGCAUCAUGAAUUUUGUGUGCUUUUUUAUUUUUAUUUUUUAACACCGAGAUUUUCCAUUGAGCUGUACAUGUAAAUCUAUCCAUGCUAGUGAUUUAAAGCCAAUACGUGUUUUUUAUAACGCUACCCUAAAAAAGUGUUCAGUCGGACAAGAUGAAGUCCAUUCUGAAGCUCCUGUGCUGUUUUGACUGUCCCAUGUCCUGUUUCUGUGUUUUGACAGAGCUAUUCAUGGGGAUACAGAAGCCUGUCUCCCCUGUAUGUCUAGUCUCUUGGCUUCCUACUGUUGCAGUAACUUCUGCUUAUUUUGGGGUGACUGUCCACUGAGCAGCAUUGGAAGUGAUUUGGAAUCUCAUGGAAACUACCACACCCAUUGGGGUUUGCGUCCAUAAUGGKAUCCUAUUUCAUUUAUAUAGUGCACUACAAAAGUAGAGCACUAUGUACGUAUUAGGGUGCCAUUUCAGAUACAGAUAAUUGUCUUUGAGGUUUUGGUAGAGAAGGGAGUAACCACUUUCCGUCGUCUCUCUAAGAUGUACUUCUGUCUGUCCAUGAGAAGGCACCAUGCUAUAGAAAACCCGGACGCCAGUUUUGUUCAGGACUUACACAKCAUCGUUUUUGGGAGUAGUUUUCAAGAAGCACAAUUUAGCAGCAUGCACYAUGUAUUUCUCAUGAUCAACUCUUCUUUGUUGAACCCACCCAGGUGAAGAGAUGUCUUUCUGUGCUGCGUACAAUGCUUAGUAACUAUUUAAAAAGAACUAUUGUAGGUAGCAACGCUUAAUAACGCCACGUAAUAUAGAAUUUAUAAUGGAUUAGUAAAUAGUUUAUUAAUCAUUACUCCAUUCAUAAGAUGUUUAAUAUAGGUCAUUUAUUUAACCAUUUAGUUAAGUCAUUAGUUUAAAGUAUUUUUUUUGCUUGACCUCAUCUAAAGUGUAGGUUAUUUAUAUUUUAUAAGUAUGUAUUAUUUUGUGAGGGUGGAGAAUUUGCAAACCCGGAACUKCCAGAACUAAAUCCACCCCACUGASAAAAUGAUGCAAAGUUUCAGUUCUGGGUUAAUUGAGAGAAGACUGCUCUAAGGCAUGACUGCAAACCACACUUUGCUUUUGGUAGAAAGGUCACUGCCAAGAAACGCUUAUGUUCAAAUUCUCAUCUGUUUUGUGGGCUUAUUGUUUAAUCGUUGAUAUGUUCGAGGGGACAUUUUGAGACCUUAAGGAGCAUCAGGUAUUACUGGAAUGUCUACCAAUGACAUGUCCAUCUUUUUGGMYAGAAAUUACACUGGUCACUCAAAACAUUUUUAUAAAUGAUUUAUAAAGUAUAAAUAGCCAACUUUUAGAUUAGGUCAUGCAAAAAUACUUUACUAAUGAUUAGUAGAUGGUUUAGAAGGACUUAUAUUGAACAUCUUAGAAAACAUUAAAUACUUUAAAAGUUGUUUUAUAAAUGUGUGAAUAACUAGGUUACUAACAUUUUUUACAAAUGUGAGUAAUGAUGAAUAAAUUAUUUACUAAUCUGUUAUAAAAUGCUUUUAUGUAGAGUUAUUAUGAAGUGCUACCCAACAUUAAAACAUCUUAGUUUUAAUUUA